CCAGCAGGUGAAUUCAACCGGGUACAUUUAUAAAGACUUUCCAUCAGGCAGACAUGGUAUCUGGAAAAACAGGACUUGAAUCCAGAUCUUGUCCAUCAAACAGGAUUCUGGAACUUGCACAACACAAAGAAUCCAAAACAGUAUGGGUCACAACACCUUGUCCAAAGCUUACCUGGGGCAAUCAGGAGUCAAUAUGGCCCCUGUCUUACUCAGCGCUGGGUGCAGUUCCAACAGAAAGAAUCCAAUACCUAGCUAAGCACAAAAGAGACUUCUCAGCAUGGGAGGACCACCUGAGGAAAGAGGAGGAGGUGAGCUCCUCUAGGAAGACAUUACGUUCUUCCUCCAAGACGGCCCAGUACGAGCGCAUUGUCCGCCUGUCAACACCUAAGACCAGGUCCCGAAGCUCCCUGGAAAUGAGGCCUCCUCACACAUCGUGUUGUGAGUACAGCUGCCCUAUCUGGCAUAUAGACCCCAGAGUGAGAACUGCUGAGACCACUCCACGGCUACUACAGCUAGCCAAUCCCAAAGGGAACCACCUCAACUUCAGAAGCAACAGGGAGAAAGUGGAGACAUACAUUUCCUAUGCUGCCAAAACGGCCCAGACCACUCACAGGCUGGACCAGCUCUCGCUGCCCAAGUUGAGGGACAGUAAAAUGUUCUUUGAGCGAGGACGUCCAGAGGACUCCAUUUGGCCAGUGUCAAGGGGAGCCCGGCAGUCCACAGCAACUUUACGACUUCAAACUCUAUCAGCUCCUAAGGGACUUCAUAAGGACUACAUCCCUCUGAGAGACCUGCCACCUUUAUGAGCUUGAUUCUCCGUCAAGGUCCAUGUUGGUGCACUAGGAAGAUGGCCACUGAGAAAAGCAAAAUAAAUGGGUACAGAUUACUCAAGGGGUCUCUAAUAAGACAACAUCUUGUGCUUUUUAAAAUCUUUUGGCGCCAGAGCCGAGAUGGGAAAACCGGACACUGUUGUCCCCGACUGGUUUUGCAAUCAUAUGCAAUGAGACGUGUGCUUGGAGCUCCUUUUUACGAAAUCGAAGCAAUACAUUACAUUGUCUUUAGCAAACAGCCAAACCAAACUGUCUCGUUUCUGACCAUUGGGAUUGUUUCUGUUGCUUUGCUCCAGUAGACUCCCUUUCCAGAAGAAUGUGUUAUCGUCUUUUGA